CCCAGAGUUCGAAGGUCUCUGUGCACGUAGGUUUCGUGUUUGCGAGCCCUCUGUUGUGGAAAGGCAAGCAGGCAAAGGUGCAUCAGAAAUCUCUACGAUGGCGUCUCGAAGUGUGGUUUCAUUCUUUGGAUUGGAUGGGCUGUGCCUGGAACUUGCUUUUUUGCUCGUUCAAUCGGGAUACAAAGCCAAAGGAUUCGAGAGGACUGAAUCGUCGGCGAGGGUUGCGUUCGUCGAGUUGGGCGGAGAAGAAUGUACGAACCCAUUGGAGGCGGCAAGAGAUGCGUCAAUAGUGUUUGUGUCGUUUUCUGAAGAGGAAAUGGAUGAUGUGUUUUUCAAGAAGGAUGGUGCAGUGAAAGGGUUGUGUAAAGAUGCAGUGAUUGUUCUCCUGUCAACAGUGUCAAUGAGUUAUCUUCACAAGUUAAAGGAGAGUUUUGCAGAUGAAUCAGGGAUUAUGCUCCUUCUUGAUGCAUUUGUAUUUCAAGCAGUUUCUGAGGAUUUCAAAGACAAGAUAAUUGUUGUUGCAUCUGGAGACCGGGAGGCUCUUCAUAAGGCACAUCCUGUUUUUUCUGCUGUAAGCCAGAAAGUUUUUGCUUUUGAGGGUGAAGUUGGCAUUGCAAGUAAAAUUAGAGCAGUUAACUUUCUGCUUGAAGGCAUUCAUCUUGUUGCUUCUUUGGAAGCAAUAUUUCUUGGUGUUAGAGCUGGCUGUCAUCCAACAAUUCUCUAUGACAUUAUUUCAAAUGCUGCUGGUAGUUCAUGGAUCUUCAUGGAUGCAAUCCCCAAAUUACUGACUGGUGAUCAUAUCUUUACAGAUUACUUGAGAACUUGCAUGAAAAAUACGGAAUUUGUGAUGGAUUUGGCCAAUAAACUCUUCUUUCCGCUCCCAGUGCUAGCAAUGGCAUUUCAAGGAUUAAUAAAUGGUUCAAUUGGAGAUAAAGAAGGCGCUUCUGCAUCUUCAGAGAAUUGGGAAAAAACAUUUGGUUUGAAUUUGCGGGAAGUCGCCAAGGAGCAGUCUUACAACCCUGUGGAGUUGGCCAAUGAUCUUGUUACCAUGCCAAAAGUCUUACAAAGAAUAGGUUUCAUUGGUCUUGGAGCUAUGGGAUUUGGCAUGGCAUCCUGCCUCUUGAAAUCAAACUUCCCUGUUCAUGCAUAUGAUAUCUACAAGCCAGCACUCUCUAGGUUUGCUGAUUUAGGCGGUAUAAUUGGGGACUCCCCUGGAAAAGUAGCAAAAGAUGCUGAAGUUCUGAUUAUCAUGGUCGCCAAUGAAUCUCAAGCUGAAAGUGUUUUAUAUGGAGAAUCUGGCUCAGUGUCUGCUCUUCCAGAUGGGGCCACAAUAGUUCUUUCUUCUACAUUAUCACCUGAUUUUGUCAGUCGCCUUGAAAAGAGAUUAAAAGAUGAAAAGAGGGCUUUAAAAUUAGUAGAUGCUCCCGUAUCUGGUGGCGUCACAAGGGCAGAAGGGGGAACGCUUACAAUAAUGGCUUCCGGCACUGAUGAAGCUUUUCACUGCGCAGGUUCAAUUCUUUCAGCUUUGAGUGAGAAGCUAUACAUACUGAAAGGUGGAUGCGGUGCUGCAAGUUCCAUAAAAAUGGUUAACCAAUUGCUCGCUGGGGUUCACAUAGCUGCAGCUGCUGAAGCAAUGGCAUUUGCAGCUCGAUUAGGUUUGAAAACAAAAGUGUUGUUUGAAGUUCUUAAAAAUGCUAGUGGUUAUUCAUGGAUGUUUGAGAAUCGUGUACCACACAUGUUAGAAGACGAUUUUACUCCAUACUCCGCAGUUGAUAUCUUUGUCAAGGACCUUGGUAUUGUUUGCAAUGAAAGUUCCAAACAUAAGAUAUCUCAUCUUAUCUCAAGCAUUUCAUAUCAGCUAUUUGUCUCAGCUUCUGCUUCUGGUUGGGGUCGAUAUGAUGAUGCUGCUGUAGUAAAGGUUUAUGAGACACUAACAGGAGUUAAAGUGGGAGGGAGAAUGUCUCCUGUUAACAAAGAAGAUCUCCUUGGGCAUCUUCCUCCAGAAUGGCCAGAGGAUCCACACGAAGAUCUUAUUACAGUGCAAUCACAAAGUUCACAAGUUUUAAUAGUUUUGGAUGAUGAUCCUACCGGCACUCAAACUGUUCAUGACAUUGAAGUUCUAACAGAAUGGAGUGUUGAUACGCUGGCAAAACAAUUCAGCCAGAAACAUAAAUGUUUCUUUAUUUUAACCAACUCCCGUUCUCUCAGCACUGAGAAGGCUAUCUCGUUGAUCAAAGAAAUCUGUAAGAAUGUUGAUACUGCCUCUAAAACAGUUGAAGGCAUAAAUUACACUGUGGUUCUUAGAGGUGAUUCUACCCUCCGUGGUCAUUUCCCCGAGGAAGCUGAUGCCGCAGUUUCCGUGUUAGGUGAAAUGGAUGCAUGGAUCAUCUGUCCAUUCUUCCUUCAAGGAGGGCGUUACACCAUUGAUGAUAUCCAUUAUGUUGCAGAUUCUGAAAGGCUUGUUCCUGCUGGGAAAACAGAGUUCGCUAAAGAUGCUGCUUUUGGCUACAAAUCAUCUGACCUCAAAGAGUGGAUUGAAGAGAAAACAAAGGGGAGGGUUCCAGCCUCCAGUGUUGCAUCAAUUUCUAUUGAUCUGCUGCGUAAGUUUGGGCCAGAAGGUGUUUGCAACUAUCUAUGUAGCCUGGAGAAGGAAUCAACAUGUAUUGUGAAUGCCGCAAGUGAAAGAGACAUGGCUGUAUUUGCUGCAGGAAUGAUCAAGGCAGAGAAUAAAGGGAAACGAUUUCUCUGUCGUACUGCAGCCAGCUUUGUUUCUGCCCGAAUUGGGAUAAAGUCACUGCCUCCAAUUUGCCCUAGUGAUCUUGGGGUUUCUGGUAAAAUGAAUGGAGGACUCAUAGUUGUGGGUUCGUACGUACCAAAAACUACAAAACAGGUUGAAGAACUAAAAUCACGAUUGGAUAUCAAGCUCAGAUGUGUAGAGGUUUCAGUUGAAAAACUUGCUAUGAAAACAGACAACGAUAGAGAAGAGGAAAUUUCUUGGGCUGCAGAAGUUGUAAACGCUCAUCUAAAAGCAUGCAAAGAUACGCUUUUAAUGACUAGCCGCCAACUUAUUACUGGAAAAUCUGCUUCAGAGAGCUUAGCAAUCAACUAUAAAGUCAGCUCUGCGUUGGUUGAUAUUGUUAGAAGAAUAACAGUCCAACCUCGCUACAUCAUUGCCAAGGGUGGAAUCACUUCAUCCGAUCUCGCAACAAAAGCUUUAGAGGCUCGUCGUGCCAUUGUGGUUGGACAAGCAUUACCUGGCGUACCAUUAUGGAAACUUGGUGAAGAAAGCAGACAUCCUGGGGUUCCAUAUAUAGUUUUUCCAGGCAAUGUUGGUGGCAACAGUGCUCUUGCUGAAGUUGUAGAAAAAUGGGCCUGCAGCCGUAGAGUUUCCACGAAGGAUCUUCUUCUUAGUGCUGAAAAGGGAGGGUACGCUGUUGGUGCUUUCAACGUUUAUAAUAUUGAAGGAAUUGAAGCAGUUGUUGCUGCAGCUGAGGAUCAAAAGAGCCCUGCUAUUUUGCAGAUUCACCCAGGUGCAUUAAAGCAAGGGGGACUCCCGUUGGUUGCAUGCUGCGUUUCAGCUGCCCAGCACGCCAAAGUACCUAUUACCGUGCAUUUUGAUCAUGGGUGCUCCAAAGCUGAGCUGAUUGAAGCUGUUGAGUUGGGAUUUGAUUCUGUUAUGGUUGACGGAUCAACUUUGUCCUUCAAAGAAAACAUUUCAUUCACAAAGAAAAUAGCAGCUUUAGCACAUGCGAAAGAAAUUUUGGUCGAAGCUGAACUUGGCCGGUUAUCAGGAAGUGAGGAUGGCUUAACUGUUGAGGAAUAUGAAGCCAGAUUAACUGAUGUUGCUCAAGCUCAACAGUUUAUUGAUGAGACAAAUCUUGAUGCUUUAGCAGUUUGCAUUGGAAACGUGCAUGGGAAAUACCCAGCUAGUGGUCCUCGCCUCAGACUUGACUUAUUGAAGGAACUCCGUGCAAUAACCUCAAAUAAAAAUGUGAGUUUGGUUCUCCAUGGUGCCUCUGGUUUGCCCAUCGAACUCGUGAAGGAAUGCAUAGCAUUAGGUGUCAGGAAGUUCAAUGUGAAUACAGAAGUAAGAAAUGCAUACAUGGAAUCGCUGCGAAAGCCGAGCAACGAUCUGGUUCAUGUGAUGGAAUCGGCGAAGGAGGCAAUGAAAGCUGUGAUUAUUGAGAAGAUGCAGCUAUUUGGCUCAUCAGGAAAAGCAUGAUGAAAAUUACAUACAGGUGUGUAAUUUUCCAUUACUUUAAGCUUUCAAAGAUUUGAAUUGAAUUGUGUUGUUGUUAUAGCAGGAUGGAACAAUUUACUCUGUUGUGAUUUCUUUUUUCCACUUGUUCCAUUUUGUGCUUGUGUAUUUUCUUUAUUUCAUGUACUGGCACUGGAUGAAGUAAUAUGAUUUGGCGUUUAU